CAGCAUGUGCAGCAUGGCUCUUGGUUGCCGGCCUAUUGGCCUCGGCAAUGUCCAUAGCGGUGCUGGACUGUGGCCCAGUGCGGGUCCAUCAGCUCCAGCUUGGACCGAUGAGCAACUACCAGUAUGUACUGGACAAUGGCAAAGUUGCCGUUACCGUGGAUGCAGCUUGGGAUAUUCCCAAGAUUCGCCGAUACGUGGAGAAGAAAGAGUUGAGGUUGGUCGCAGGUCUAUACACCCAUGGCCAUUUUGACCAUGUUGGAGGCAAGUUCCCAGGAUCAAGUGAGGGACCUGUACAGGGUGCGCUUGAGCUUCAGGAUUUGCCCCUGUACCUGGGAGUCAGAGAUAUUGAGGCAGCAGAGCUUCAGACACAGGUGGCGGCAUCGAAAUGGCAUCCUCUGAAGGAAGGAGACAAAGUUCAGCUCCUUGGUGACGAUGUUCAGAUUUGGGUGAUAGACACUCCUGGUCAUACCUUAGGCGGCGUGACAUUUUGGGUUGAGGGAAAUUUCCAUGAAGCUUGUGGUGAAGGCUUGAUGUUCACGGGUGACACUCUAUUCCUAAAGAACGUAGGACGUACCGACUUACCAGGUGGUGAUCCCUCUUCCUUGCAACGCAGCCUUGCUCGAUUGAGUGGCGCUGUGGAUGGGGCGCAAAUUCUGCCGGGGCAUAGCUACGAUUCACCUCCCAAGCGGGCAGAUUUAGCCACAGUGCGACGGACAAAUUCAGCCAUGAAAGCUGCCAUGGCCAGGUUUCCAUCGCCGCCACCAUUGCCUUGGUCGCGCUCCAAAGUGGAGUUGUAAGCGCCAGAAAACGUGCUUCCGAGAAAUGGAGGGCAUGUGGAGGGCAUGAAAGGAU